GAGUAUGCAGUCAAGGAGAUAGUCCCAGAGGCAAGCUCCGACAGUCAUUAAACAAAGGACAGAAAUCAACACGUUCUUUCUGCGCCGUACCUCUUUCUAAUAAGACGCCUAAGCUUCAAGUCCAAUUAUUGAAUUGCUGCUUAAUUUGCCAUAAUACGAGGGCUCGCCCUCGAUAAUUCGUCACGAUGUCGACUCGUUCGUUCUUGGUGGCAGCCGCCUCGUUGCUCUCGCUUUUCGUGUAUCCCGUCGCUGGCCAGCUCACCACCAGUUGCAACCCUCUUAAUGCGACUUGUCCGGCGGAUCCAGCUCUCGGAACGACGCACACGUUUUACUUCAACGCCACGCCGCCUGCGGGUACGUUUAAUACGACUGCCGGAACCGUCGACUAUAACUACGACACUGGAGCCGCUUUCACGAUCAGCAAGAAAGGCGAAUCACCCACCCUAAUAUCGAACUUCUACUUCUUCUUCGGCAGGACAGAGGUGUUCCUGAAAGCAGCACCCGGAACCGGAAUCAUCAGCUCCAUCGUGUGGUCUUCUGAUGUUCUCGACGAGGUCGACUGGGAGUUUAUGGGAGGGAAUACCACGCACGUGUCGACGAACUAUUUCGGAAAAGGAGAACCCGACUUCCACAAUGCAGAUUACCAUCCAGUCAAUGGCGGAGUCCAGGACGACUACCAUAAUUACACUUGCGUGUGGACGAAGGAUCAACUCGAAUGGUAUAUCGACUCCCAGCAUGUCCGCACGCUCCUUGCGACGGAUGCCAACAACACGUUGAACUAUCCUCAGACGCCGAUGAAGCUCAGUCUUGGUAUUUGGGCGGGCGGUGACCCGGACCAGCCUCAAGGGACGAUUGAAUGGGCCGGUGGUGUUACGACCUACUCCGAGCCAUACACGAUGUACGUGAAGAGUGCUCUAGUACAGGAUUAUUCCACCGGAAAGGAGUACUCCUAUGGUGACCAUACUGGUACUUGGGAAAGUAUCAAGAUCGCUAGUGGUAACUCAACCGCGGUUGAGAACAUCAAUAAGCAGCCAGAGAAGUCGCUCUCCGAGAAAUGGAACGACCUCCCGUCUAGCACGAAGAACGGCGUCUAUGCCGCAGCCGGCGGAGUGGGUGCCAUUGCUUUCAUUGCCCUCGUCGUCUUUGGCGUGAGGCAGAGACGCCGCGGCAAGCAGGAGGCUGCCUUAUUAGCACAGCGACAGGAGCAGGAACGAGUUGAGCUGGAGAGGUUUAAGAGAGAGGGGAGGGACCCCGACGCGCUGGCCUUCGACGGAACCGAAUACAAAGGCGCGAUGGCCACCUCAGCAUACGCCGUGCCUGACUCGCCUCCCGGAAGCGCUGCGGGCCCACCUGAGAAAGCGUGGGACCCGACUGGCCCAAGUGCUGGCGCUGUCGGUGCUGCCAUGCCGCUUCUCCGUGAUGACGCGAUGAGCCAGCGCAUUGGCAGUCCUGCUCCAGGCUCAGCCGGACCGCAGCGUAAUAAUAGCUUUCCCGCACCCAUUCGCACGCAGAGCCCUGGUCAACCACCUCAGAUCCCAGCCCCUACGCCUAUAUCGCCCGUAAACCGGACCUUUUCACCCUCCAACGCCUCCAUGCGAAUGGGUUCCCCGGGGCCUCAGGCUGGCGGGUACGGAUCGCCCAGAAUAAACAGUCCCGCACCCGGCCACGGUCCUGGUAGUCCUGCUUCUCCCAGACCUGGUUACGCGCGGUGAUGACAACCGAAGCAGUGGUGGUUGGUGACUGGGGGGAUUUUCCUUGUUUUUAGUUACCGCGUGGGGGCCGACCAACAAAGUCUAACCAAAAUAAGUAGUUGGAAGUAACUCCAGUUAGUGCUUUAUUUAAAAAAAGAGAAGUUGGGAAUGCGCUGUAAAGGAGAAGACGCAGAGUCUCAUUCCAUCUUCGGCUGGCAACGAUAGGUUUACGAGGUCUUUAAUCUUCGAAUACCCGAUACUUGGAUAUAUUAGCAUUUUGUUUGGUAUUUUAGACGGUACGAUGUAAUGCGAUUUUCUGCGCCUAAUUUCCAGUAAUCAGCUGCACAUGGCCUUGUUGGUCAGCUAAUACCGCCUACGGGGAUCCUAUAUUGGUUUUACAUCGACGCAAAUGCCUGGGUAGAGUAUGGUGAUCUAC